UACCCCCGUCACUCUCCUAUUAUUCCUUUUUGACUUCUUCUUUCUGCAUCCCUUCACCUAAUCCUAAUAAUAAACCUCUGCAUAUUGUAUCACUCUGUCGCCAUCUCUUUUCAAAGCUUACAUCCUUUUUCCCUUUGGUUGCUAGAUUCAAGCGAAAAUGAGCCGUUUCAGGAGAUUUGACCUUAUCGACUACUCCCCUUCUUCUUUCUUUCUCCAAGAAUCCUCAUUUUUCACCCCCAAAACCCUACUCCUAAACCCCCACUACCUCCACAUUGAAGAUGAACUCGACUGCACCCUCGAUCUCCUCUCCCCCAAGCCUUACUCACCCACCACCCUCCUUGAUCUUACCUCCCCCUUCGAUGAUUUUGACACCAUUACCGAUCUGGUUCAAAUCGAAAGAACCCCUUUCUACACCACUACUCGCUACCGGAUUCACCACCGGGUCGGACUCAGGACUGAGUUACAGUGUCUGUCCGACCGAGUCGCUGCGCUCGAGCGGGGGCUAUUAGCGGAGAGGAAGAAGGAGAAUAAAAUUGGUGAGAGGAAGUACACGUGGACGGCUGAGAUCAAGAGUCCUGAGAAGGACGGUGUUGAUCGGAAGUAUAAGUGGGUUGCUGAGGUUAAAGAUGGUAAGAAGAAAGGUGGUUUGGAUAAAAGCUACAAGUUUAGUGCUGAGAUCAAAGGAAAAGGUGAAGAUUCACGUAGUUACAGUUUUAAAGCAUCAAAUGCUAGCAGUGAUGGAGAUGAAAGUGACAAAAAAGAGAAGAAGAAAGAUAAGAAGAAAUGUGAAAGCAGUAAAUCUACACGUUUGGUUGAGAUUGAAGAGCCUUCCCAUCAUGGCGCACUUGUUUUAAGACAGGUAUUUGCAAAGAGGGUGGAGAAGAGAAGGGGGAAGAGGAAGGAGCUGUCACCACAAGAUGCAGCUUUAGCUAUUCAAAUGAGUUUCAGGGCUUACUUGAUAAGGAGGUCGCAGGCACUGCGUGCUCUGAGGGAGCUGGCCAUUGCCAAGACUAAGUUGAAGGAGCUAAGGGCUCUCUUCAACAACUUCACUUACCGACGACGUGUUGCCCGUGAUGCUGAGGAGCGACAGAGGUUCUCUGAGAAGAUUAUUGUGUUACUGCUCACUGUUGAUGCCAUUGAGGGUGCGGAUAUGAUGGUCCGAGCUGCAAAGAAGUCUAUGGUAGACGAGUUAGAAGCAAUGCUUGAUGUUAUUGACCCCCAAACUGGUGGGAGGCCUGUAUCUGCUGCUAGGAGGAGAACAUUUGAUAUGCCAGAUGGUGCCAUUCAGAAGGAACUUGCAGCUGGUGUGACUCAAGUUGUCCGAAUGCUUGAUGAGUCCAAUGCUGCUGAAACCUUUGAAGGAUGCGUAUGAGCAUGUGAGAUUCCGCUGGUCUCAGGGGUUUGCUAUUGUUGUAUGUUCUAAGUAAGACCGACUAUGGUAUGAAACUACUACUAUUGUUGUUAACGUUUCUUUUAUUCUGGAUAAUGGAGAUCAGAGCUAGUCUGUAAUCUUCUUCCAUCUUUUGGUAUGAAGUUUUCACUUGGCUUUACUCCACCCACUUGUAGGGAUAUCGUUGAAGCAUAGGUGAUCAUGUCAAGGGUAAUGCUUGAUGUUUCCUUUGUAAAUCACAUGCAUUUCACUAUCAAAUUAGGUAGAUCUUGUGCUCCGACAAUGUGCACUAGCAUCUUUAUGUUGUUAAUAAUGUGGAAAACAUGAAUCGUGAUUUCA